AUGAGCAAUCAAGAUUCCAAUGAGCAAUCGGAGGGUGCUAGGCUCCUAGAACUGGAGACCAUCAAGACGUUCAUGAACACCGAUGGGGCUCUUGAGGUGCUCUUGGCUCGUCUCAAACGCUCCAUUGGCACUGGUGACGAGAUCGCAAAAUACGUCAAGAGGAAGGCCCAGAUCGAGGAUGACCACUACAACCAGCUUAAAAAGUACGCUGGUAAUGUGCGUGGCUCUUUGAAGAACACCAAGAACAAGAAUGAUCUGUUCUCCAAUAAGUUGGACCAAAUUAUUGAGUUUGACGAGCGCCUCUACUCAGUAGGCUCCUCCUACGUCAAGGCCUUGAAUACCAUGCACGAUGAGAUCGUGUCAUUGGUGAACACUGUGAGUCGAACGCGGAAGAACAUUAAGGACGAGGCGAAGAGGAAAGAGAAGGAAUGUGCUGACUCCAUCCUGAUGGCAGAGAAGGCGAAGCAGAAAUACUACCAUUGUUGUGAUGACCUAGAGCGCUUGAAGAUGUCUGAUCCCAACAAAAAGUCCUUCCUCAAGAGUAAACCAGAGGAGGAGGAGUUACAAAGGAAGGUGGACUUGGCUGAUCAAGAUUACAAGACUAAAGUUUCUGCGUGCAAGAAAUUGAAGGACGAGAUGUUGAUGAUUUACAGACCAACCAACACGAAAAAGUUGAAGAAUUUGAUCUUGGAGAUGGAUAUUGCCUUGAAUGUGCAAUUGCAAAAGUUUGCUACCUGGAGCGAGACUCUUAUCAUGAACUCAGGUGUGUUGAUCAGCCCCUUACAAGCCGAUAAACAGUCCAUGAAGGCAAUUGCAGCAAGCAUUGAUAACGAGCUCGACUUGUACAACUACAUCUCGAAGAACUCCAACAACCCCACGAACAAGCUGUUGACGCCUGUGGAGUAUACACCUCACCCAUCGUUUGCAAAGCACACCAAGCCAGCGAAACCAUUUUUCAAUAACACCAACAGCUCAAACAAUCUCAAUGCUAACAACGGCAAUAAUGCUCCUAGCAAGUCGGCCAGCAGUGGAAAUUUAGCACCCACCCAAUCCCUGCAAUCUCAGAACCAGAGAAAUAGUAGCCUGAACUCAAACCUGGGCCCUGAAUAUUCAAAGACACCUGCCACACCCGCUGAAAGUACCGCAAGUACAUUCACAUACAGCUCGUUAGAUCCCAGUAAUCAUCAGAGCGACUUGACUGGUCCUAAAUCUUUGAGCCAAGUGAAUCAGUACGCCCAACCUACAUUUGGUGUUUCUAUCGAAGAAGUGAUACAGUACGCCGGUAUUGACAAUGUGCCUCUUGUCGUCAAACGUUGUAUUGAUGUCAUUGAAAGUUAUGGUCUAGACAUCGAGGGUAUCUACCGUACUAGUGGCAACAAAACAACGGUACAACAUCUCAAAGAGUCAAUUGAUUCAAACUUCGCCAACUACUUGUUGAUUGGCAACAACAUCGAUCCAAAUAAUGUGUUGGAUGCGGACAUCUACUGUACCGCUUCGCUUAUGAAAAUCUACUUCGCCUCCUUGCCAGAGCCCCUUUUGACUACUGCCUGUUACCAGUCAUUCAUUGAGACAGUCAAGUCAACAGACGAAACCUUCAUUGCGAAGAAAUUGCACCACUUGGUUUACAACUUGCCUGACGGUGCAUACUUCACCUUGAGGGCUUUAAUCUUCCAUUUGAACAAGGUUGCUGCCCACCAGCAUAACAACCGUAUGACAGCCAAGUCUUUGGCGAUCAUUUGGGGGCCCGCCCUCCUUAACGACAACUCGAUGUCGCCGCAAGACUUGAGUCAUAAGACAAAGGUGGUGGAAGAGUUAAUGUUGAUUGCUAAUGAAAUUUUCGAUGCUGAUGAAUGA